CUGAGACUGAUGACAGUGCUGAUUGGAAGGAGACCAGAGGACCUCAGUCAGCUUUAAACUCUCUGAAACAUGAUUUAAUACGUAAGAAAACAUUCAGCUGCUCGGAGUGUGGGAGAAGAUUUACCCGCAGGACAAAUCUGAAGACACAUAUGAUGAUUCACAGAGGAGAAAAACCUUUCAGCUGCUCUGAGUGUGAUAAAGCUUUCACUGUAGGGGGACACCUGAAGAGACACAUGAUGACUCAUACAGGAGAAAAACCUUUUAGCUGCUCUGAGUGUGGUAAAGCUUUCACUGAUAGUGGAAAAUUUAAGAAACACAUGAGAACUCACACAGGAGAAAAACCUUUUAGCUGCUCUGAGUGUGGUAAAGCUUUCACUGAUAGUGGAAUACUGAAGAAACACGUGAGAACUCACACAGGAGAAAGACCUUUCAGCUGCUCAGUUUGUAAGAAAUCUUUUACACAGAGAGAAAAUUUACGGACACACAUGAGAAUUCACACAGGAGAAAAACCUUUCAGCUGCUCAGUUUGUAAGAAACCUUUUACACGGAGUGGAGAUAUACCACGACACAUGAGAAUCCACACAGGAGAAAAACCUUUUAGCUGCUCUGAGUGUGGUAGAGCUUUCACUGAACUUGGAACCCUGAAGACACACAUGAGAACUCACACAGGAGAGAAGUCUUUUAGCUGCUCAGUUUGUAAGAAAUAUUUUACACAGAGAGGAAAUGUACAGUUACACAUGAGAAUCCACACAGGAGAAAAAAGAUUCAGCUGCUGUGUUUGUAACAAAAGAUUUGCCUGGCGUUCUGAGGUCAAAAGACAUAAAUGUGUUGGUCAGAUGGAAACAGAAGCUGAUGGAGAGGACUGUGGAGGACCAGAACCAGCCAGGAACUCACAUCCACAUCCUCUUUUACAACCAGAGACUGAAGACCAGACUGGAGACUCUUCUGAUCCUGAGACUGGUGACAUGGAAUAACGUUUGUGCGUUUAAUUCCAAGUAAAACUUCUCAAGUAUCAAACAACAAUCUCUAUGUACAAACAUCUAGAUAGAAGACAUUAUAUUGUGUGGUAGAAAAAAGUACACUCUGAUUUCAAAUAUUUUAUUAGAUGUUGUUUUGU